AUGGCAACCUCUCACUCUUUGUUCCUCUGUUUCUUACUCUGUUUCUCCCACAUUUUCAUCUCUACCUCGCAAACUCUUUUUCUGCCUUUAACUCACUUCCUGUCCAAAACCCAAUUCAACUCCACCCACCACCUCCUCAAAUCCACCUCCACCCGUUCCACCACCCGCUUCCGCCACCACCAUCACAAGAACAGUCACAACCAUCGUCAAGUCUCCCUCCCUCUCUCUCCCGGAAGUGACUACACUCUCUCCUUAACUCUCGACUCUCAGACCAUCUCUCUUUAUCUUGACACAGGGAGUGACCUUGUUUGGUUCCCAUGCCAGCCUUUUGAAUGCAUUCUUUGUGAAGGCAAAGCUGAAAACACGUCUCUCGCUUCCUAUCCACCACCAAAACUCUCCAUAGCUGCCACGCCAGUCCCUUGUAAAUCAUCUGCAUGUUCGGCUGCACACUCCAAUCUCCCAAGCUCCGACCUAUGUGCUAUUUCCAACUGCCCGUUAGAAUCCAUCGAAAUAUCGGAUUGUCGAAAACAUUCUUGCCCACAAUUCUAUUAUGCUUAUGGCGAUGGCAGCCUGAUAGCUCACCUUUACCGCGACUCUAUUAUGAUACCUUUAAGCAAUCCAACUAACUUGAUGUUCAAUAAUUUCACAUUUGGCUGUGCUCACACCGCGCUCGCCGAGCCUGUUGGGGUUGCUGGGUUUGGCCGGGGAGUCCUUUCUUUGCCUGCUCAGCUUGCUACUUUAUCUCCCCAACUUGGGAACCAGUUCUCUUAUUGUUUGGUCUCUCAUUCGUUUGAUUCAGACCGAGUUCGUCGACCGAGUCCACUCAUUUUAGGAAGGUAUGAUCAUGAUGAGAAAGAGAGAAGCGUAAACGGUGUUAAUAAGCCUAGUUUUGUAUAUACUUCUAUGCUUGAUAAUUUAAAACAUCCUUAUUUUUAUUGUGUUGGACUUGAGGGAAUUUCUAUUGGUAGAAAGAAAAUUCCGGCACCAGGGUUUUUGAGGAAGGUUGAUAGAGAGGGAAGUGGUGGGUUGGUGGUGGAUUCAGGGACAACUUUUACUAUGUUGCCGGCAGCUUUGUAUGACUCGGUUGUGGCAGAGUUUGAGAACCGAGUUGGGCGAGUUAAUCAGCGAGCUACAGGUAUUGAGGAAAACACUGGGUUGAGUCCGUGUUAUUAUUUUGAUAAUAACGUGGUGAAUGUGCCGAGUGUCGUGUUACAUUUCGUGGGGAAUGAAUCAAGUGUGGUACUGCCUAGGAGGAAUUAUUUUUAUGAGUUUUUGGAUGGUGGUGAUGGGAAAGGAAAGAAGAGGAAGGCUGGGUGUUUGAUGCUGAUGAACGGCGGUGAUGAGGCUGAGUUGAGUGGUGGGCCUGGGGCUACUUUGGGAAAUUACCAGCAACAGGGGUUUGAAGUUGUCUAUGAUUUGGAGAAGAGAAGGGUUGGGUUUGCAAGAAGGCAGUGUGCAUCUUUAUGGGAAACCUUGAACCAGAAUUAA